GUUUAUAGCUUUGUUAUGUGUUCAUCCCACAAAAUGCCAUGCUCUGUCUUCUCUCUUACCCUAGCUCAAAUGACAAGAUAUAUGAAAGAAACCCAAGGUAGGAAUCAAACAGAAGUGACAGAAUUUAUUCUUUUAGGACUCUCAGAUGACCCAGAUCUACAAGUGAUCCUUUUUGUAUUGUUUCUAUCAGUCUAUACGGCUACUAUGGUAGGAAAUUUGGGGAUGAUCAUGUUGAUUAAGAUUGAAGCCUGUCUGCACACUCCCAUGUACUUCUUCCUCAGCAGCCUCUCCUUUGUUGAUGCCUCCUAUUCUUCUUCUGUGACUCCCAAGAUGCUGGUGAACCUUGUGGCUGCAAAUAAGGCCAUUUCUUUCAAUGGAUGUGCUGCCCAGUUCUACUUCUUUGGCUCCUUCCUAGGGACUGAGUGCUUCCUGUUGACCGUGAUGGCCUAUGACCGUUACGCAGCCAUUUGGAACCCCCUGCUAUACCCAGUUCUCAUGUCUGGGAGAAUUUGCUUCUUCCUGGUGGCUACUUCAUUCUUCGCAGGUUUUGGGAAUGCAGCCAUCCACACAGGGAUGACUUUUAGAUUGUCCUUUUGUGGAUCUAAUAGGAUCAACCAUUUCUACUGUGAUGUUCCACCCCUGCUUAAAAUCUCUUGCUCUGACACCCACAUCAAUGGUAUUGUGAUCAUGGCUUUCUCCAGUUUUAGUGUCAUCAGCUGUGUUAUUAUUGUCCUCCUUUCCUACCUGUGCAUCCUCAUCGCCAUCUUGAGAAUGCCUUCUGUAGAGGGAAGGCACAAAGCCUUCUCCACCUGUGCCUCCCACCUCACUGCUGUCACCAUAUUUUUUGGGACGAUUCUUUUCAUGUACUUGCGCCCGACAUCUAGCUACUCAAUGGAACAGGACAAGGUUGUCUCUCUUUUUUAUACAGUGAUGAUCCCUAUGCUGAAUCCCCUCAUCUACAGUUUGAAAAAUAGGGAUGUGAAAGAAGCCCUAAAGAAGGUCUUACAGAAAAAGCAUACUGUGAAGCCUGUUAAACAUCCUCCUGUUAUGUAG